AUGGGUGCUCUUACCAUGUUGCACGGGAAUGACAGGGCUGCAAUUGUUUGGGUUUCUCUGUUUUUGCAGGAGGGUGGGACGUGUCUUUAUAAUGGUAACUGCGACGCCGGCUUGCAUUGCCAGACUUGCAUUGCCAACGGCAAUAUCCGGCCGCGUUGCACUCGAAUCCAGCCAAUCAGUCCAAUUUCAAAGGUGAAUGAUCUUCCAUUUAAUAAGUACACAUGGUUGACGACCCACAAUUCAUUCGCCAUAUUAGGGGCGAAGUCUGAAACUGGGACUCCGAUUCUUGCUCCUACCAAUCAACAGGGCUCCAUUACUAGCCAGCUCAAUAAUGGAGUAAGAGGAUUUAUGCUUGAUACGUAUGACUUUCGAAAUGAUAUAUGGUUAUGUCACUCAUUCGAAGGCCAAUGUCACGACUUUACAGCUUUCCAACCAGCCAUUGAUGUUCUGAAAGAGUUCCAAGCAUUUCUUGGAGCAAACCCUUCUGAAAUCGUCACCAUUAUCAUCGAAGACUAUGUCACGACGCCAAACGGACUGACUAAUGUGUUUGCUGCUGCUGGUCUGCAACAAUUCUGGUUCCCAGUAUCAAGUAUGCCCAAGAAUGGUGGAGAUUGGCCCACUGUUAGUGACAUGAUCCAGAAAAACAAACGCUUGCUUGUUUUUACUUCCAAAGCGGCAAAAGAAGCCUCUGAAGGAAUUGCAUACGUAUGGAAUUACAUGGUAGAGAACCAAUAUGGCGAUGAAGGAAUGAAAGCAGGUUCAUGCCCAAACCGAGGAGAAUCAACACCGAUGAACACGACUUCAAGGUCACUCGUAAUCGUAAAUUUCUUCAGAAGUGCUUCAAAUUUCCCUGCAGCUUGCAGGGACAACUCAGCACCAUUACUCAACAUGGUGAACACUUGCUAUAAUGCAGCAGGAAAAAGAUGGCCUAACUUCAUUGCUGUUGACUUCUACAAGAGAAGUGACGGGGGAGGAGCUCCAGAAGCCGUUGAUGUAUCAAACGGUCAGUCUAUUUGUGGAUGUCCAACCAUUUCCAAUUGCAAGGGAAAUAUGACAUUUGGGGCUUGUGAGUAACCUGAGGCGAUUGGUGCAGCCGUAGAAAUGGAAACAGUUGUGGUGAAUCAAAUUGCAGAUGAGCUCAAUUGUUUGGUUUGAUAGGCGCACUACUUGCAGCAUGAGCAGUCAUUCUCCUCUCACUCAGGAAUUUCAUGAGUAGCAUCUCUAUUUAAGUCAGUAUUGUACUUGAUUGUGUUUUAAAGUGUGUAAAUCCCAACUCCUUAUACUAGGGCUGUAAGGAAUCUCAGCGAACAAGAGAAUUUGGUUCGUAACCUAAUUUAAGGGAUCUUUCAAUCACUUUUUCUUUUCCAUCAAGAACAGUUUAUGAAACUUAUAGAAUCCCGAAUUUAGAGUAUCCUACUUUCAUGCAAUUUACAGGAUUGAACAAGAAAUCAAUAUUUCAGUACUAUUUCUUGUAAUGAUCUUAUAUAUCAUAUUAACAAUCCAUUCAGGUUGUUUUCAAACUUAUCUCAGAGGAUUUGAACCUAUCGAAAAGGAAAGCUGGCCAUAGUCGAGCCGAGGCAUACCAGGAACAUUUAUAAC